AUGUUUGUUUCUGCUGAAAUUAUUAUUUUGAUUGCCUCCACAUUGAUAUCCGGAGAACUACUAAGUGAUUACGAUGAAAAGACAGCACUUGGAGAAAGGACCCUACCGCCGGACCUUCAAAUUCAAAUAUAUGUAAAUAAAACUGAUGAUGACCUGCAGUUCGAAGAUUGUAUGAACUCAUACAGUUUAUGUAGGGGUUCCGCUAGACUACGAGAUAAAGACGGAGUAUGUGCGCUUGACAGAGCGUCAGGCGUAAAGAAAUCUUUCGAGUCAUUUUGUGAGAUGGUAUAUGAAAACUGCAAGAAUAUGAAUUCGAAAUGGGGCUACUUUCAUGAUGGACAUUGUGAAUUGAUUGAGUUUGGACCAGCAUAG